AUGGGUUGGACAAUACUUCAUGAAGCUGCAUUAAAAGGAAAUGUUUCAUUGUUAAAAAUUUUGCAUAAAUUAGGAGCUAAUGCAAAUAUUGCUGAUAAGGAAGAUCGAACACCAUUGCAUAUUGCAGCAGCUGCUGGACAUACAAAUAUUGCACAUUUAUUAAUUGAGAAAUUUGAUGGAUCGGUACGUGCUCGUACACGUGAUGGUAGUACAUUGUUGCAUGUUGCCGCUUUAAGUGGACAUGCUUCUACUGCAUUAGCAUUCCUAAAACAUGGUGUACCACUUUGUAUGCCAAAUAAACGAGGUGCAUUAGGUUUACAUUGUGCAGCAGCUGCUGGUUUUACAGAUGUUGUUCAGCUAUUAAUUGCUCGAGGAACAAAUGUUGAUAUCAAAACUAGAGACAAUUAUACGGCUUUACAUGUUGCAGUACAAGCAGGUAAAGCAUCCGUUGUAGAAGCAUUAUUAGGAUAUGGCGCAGAUGUGCAUGUUCAUGGAGGUGCAAUUGGUGAAACAGCAUUGCAUAUUGCUGCAUCAUUAACUACAGAUGAUGCAAUCGAAUGUGCAAUAAUGUUAUUGAAAAGUGGGGCGCAAACAAACGUUACACGUAAUGAUGGUGAAACGCCAUUACAUAUUGCGGCACGGAAUCCGCUUUCCGGAAUGAUACGUUUACUACUAAAUGAAGGAGCUGAAUCAAAAAUUUGUUCUAACAGUGGUGAAAGUGUUUUGCAUGUAGCAGCAAAGAGUUGUAACAGUGAAGCAGUAGUACUUAUCUUAGAACAUCUUUCUCAACAAAUGUCACCUGAAGAAAUUAAAGAAUUUGUUAAUGCUCGAACUACUCAGGAUGGUCUAACAGCAGUACAUUAUGCUGCUCAGAUUACCUCAGAUCAAAUACAUUUCCCGGGUGAAGAUGCAAAAUUGAUCAAAACUCUUAUUGACUAUGACGGUCAACCGGAAUUACAAACAUAUAAGGAUCAAGAAACAGCAAUGCAUUUGGCCGCACGAUCAGGCAAUGAAGCUGCUCUACUUGCUAUUGUUGAUAAAAUUGGUGCUGGAGCGGUACAAAUUGUUCAAAAUAAGCAAACCAAGAAUGGUUGGUCACCGUUAAUGGAAGCAUGCGCUCUUGGACAUUUUGGUGUUGCUAAAAUUCUCUUAGAACAUCAUGCUCGAGUUGAUGUUUUCGAUGAGAAUGGUCGAACGGCGUUACAUUUAGCUGCUGCUAAUGGUCAUCUUAAGUUGACACAACUGUUAUUGACCAGUAAAGCAUUCAAUGAUUAUCCAGCUGUAGUAAAAUUAUUUUUAAAAAUGCGACAAAAUAAUCGUGCAGUGUUGACAGCAAUUGAUUUAAAUGGUUCUACAUGUGCGCAUAUAGCUGCAGUAAAAGGAUCAUAUGCAGUUGUAAAAGAAUUAAUGAUGAUUGAUAAAGCUAUGGUUAUUCAAGCAAAAACAAAAACAAUGGAAGCGACAGCAUUACAUAUGGCAGCAGCUGGUGGACAUGAUAAAAUUGUGAAAUUUUUACUCGAAAAUGGUGCUAAUGCUGAGAAUGAAAAUGCUCAUGGUAUGACUGCACUUCAUUUGGGUGCUAAAAAUGGUUUCGUUCCAAUUCUUAAUGUUUUUGAUCAUUCAUUGUGGAAAAAAUGUUCAAAAAAGACUGGUUUAAAUGCGCUUCAUAUAGCUGCAUAUUAUGGCAAUUCAGAUUUUGUAAUGGAAAUGUUAAAACAUGUACCAGCAAGUCUACGAUCUGAACCACCAAUUUAUAAUCAUUAUGUUGUUAAAGAAUUUGCAACAGAAUAUGGAUUUACACCCUUACAUUUGGCAGCACAAUCUGGACAUGAUUCAUUGGUACGAAUGUUAUUAAAUCAGGGAGUACAAGUGGACGCAACAUCAACUACCAUGAGUGUUAUACCACUUCAUUUAGCAGCUCAACAAGGUCAUAUCGCGGUAGUCGGGAUGCUUUUAUCGCGAUCAACCCAACAACAGCAUGCAAAAGAUUGGCGUGGACGAACACCAUUACAUUUAGCUGCAAUGAAUGGUCAUUAUGAAAUGGUUUCAUUACUUAUUGCUCAAGGAUCAAAUAUUAAUGUUAUGGAUCAGAAUGGAUGGACUGGAAUGCAUUAUGCUACACAAGCAGGACAUUUAAAUGUUAUCAAAUUAUUUGUAAAAAGUUCAGCUGAUGCACAAGCAGAAACAAAGGAAGGAAAAGUACCAUUAUGUUUUGCUGCUGCACACAAUCAUGUUGAUUGUUUACGUUUUUUAUUGAAGCAAAAUCAUGAUACGCAUGCAUUAAUGGAUGAUCGAAAAUUCAUUUUUGAUUUAAUGGUUUGUGGUAAAACGAAUGAUAAUGAACCAUUAAAAGAAUUCAUUUUACAAAGUCCAGCACCAAUUGAUACUGCUGUUAAGUUAUCAUCUUUAUAUCAUGAAAUGAGUGAAAAAGAAAAGGAACGUGCUAAAGAUCUACUAAAUGUCUCACAAUUUGCGGAAGAUAUGGCCGUUGAAUUGUUGGGUAUAACAGCAAGUGAAUAUAAUCCAGCAUUAUUAUUGAAAGCAAAAGAUAAUCGUGGACGACCACUUUUGGAUGUAUUAAUCGAAAAUGAACAGAAAGAAGUAGUUUCAUAUGCAUCAGUACAGCGUUAUCUUACGGAAGUUUGGACCGGACGUGUAGAAUGGUCAUUCGGUAAAACGGUUGCUUUUACAUUAAUGGUACUUAUCUGUCCACCUGCAUGGUUUUAUUUUUCGUUACCGCUUGAUACACGUAUUGGACGUGCUCCAAUCAUCAAAUUUGUUUGUCAUAUUGUGUCACAUAUCUAUUUUACAAUUUUACUUACAAUUGUGGUACUCAGUUUGACACAUAAAAUUUACGAAGUACGAAGUAUUAUGCCGAAUCCAGUUGAAUGGUUACUGCUUUUAUGGCUUUCUGGUAAUCUCGUUUCUGAAUUAUCGAAUGUCGGUGGUGGUGGUUCUGGUCUUGGAAUUGUUAAGCCAGCAUAUCAGCCAGCGGAUUCGGAUGAUGCGCAAUGGAUGCGUCUUUCAUCACCGGAGCAAACUCUUGAAAUGUUGUUCUUCUCGUUGUUUGGAUUAGUAGAACCGGAUACGAUGCCACCACUUCAUUUAGUUCCUGAUUUUGGCAAAAUUAUUUUAAAAAUGAUUUUUGGAAUCUAUUUAUUGGUUACUUUAAUUGUUUUAAUAAAUUUAUUGAUUGCAAUGAUGUCUGAUACAUAUCAACGGAUUCAAGCACAAUCAGAUAAGGAAUGGAAAUUCGGUCGUGCAAUUUUAAUCCGGCAGAUGAAUAAACGUGCCGCUACUCCGGCUCCAAUUAAUAUGUUAACAAAAUUGAUCGUUGUCCUUAAAGUUGCUUAUAGAAAUAAUUUAAAAUUAUGUACGCAAAAAGCUCAACAAGAUCUCAGGCAUGAAGAAAACAUUGAUGCAUUUUCAAUGAGUGGUGAUACAGGUCGUCUUAGUCCAGCAAUUUUAGCUGAUGAUGAUACUGGUGAAGUUCGUCGUGGCCAGAAUGAAGAAUUAGGAAAAAGUGAUGAUUGGAAUAUUGAAACAAUAAUUGAUUGGAAACGUGUAGUUGAUAUGUAUUAUCAAACAAAUGGUCAAGUAGAUGCGGAAGAUAUACAGGUAGAAAUGUCAUCAUGAAUGUGACAAACUGAAUGUGCUGCG